AAAACGAAAAUUUUUAUCACCAGUAAUGUAAGAAUAUAGACAAGUAUGUUUAGAAAAUACGUUUUUAAUAUGCAUUUAAUAUGUCUAGUCAACAACCUCUUAAUUUGCUGCGAUCAAUUGUCAGAGAGUUAAGACACUACACAUCUGGUGAAAAACAACUCAAGCGACCUUUGGUACAAUGGAUUUUGUCUGAAUAUCGAGCCAAUCAAUUAACACAAGCUCAGUAUUGUCGUGGGCCUAGUGAAAUGAUUUGGGUAGCUGAUACUUAUUUACAAUAUAUUCGAGGACAACGUGUGUGUCGAGAACUUAUUGUUCGAAAUCAUAGAAGUGAAAAGAGUGUUAAGGAAACAGCGGCAAUGGUUGGUUUUAGUCUUCCACCAAAUCCAAAUGAUAAAACUAAUUAGUUUUAUUGCAUAAGUAAUGUUACACACAAUUGAAAUUAUUUUAAUUUUUAAUACUUUUUUAGGAAUGUUAUAAUUAUAUCAGACUGCAGUUAAUUGUAUAAAAUAUUAGGUCUAAACUUAUAGUAAUAAAGAGGUAUCAAAUGCUCUAA